UAUGGUUCAUAGUACAAGUAGUACAAAUGUGCCAAGUUUCAUGUUUUUAUCACAAAGUGCACGAUUUUUUGACCUUUACCUGAAGUGUAAGUAUUCUAACAGUUGUUCAGAAUGUGCAUAUCAACCAGAUAAGCCUAAGUUACAGGAUAAAUCGAUAUCAAUGGAUCAAUUUUUUAAGAUAUUUUUUCUGGCUUGUAUAACUGUUGUAUUGUUCCAAGUAAUAAUAUUUAUUCCAAAUUGCAAUGUAGGCCUAAUUCAUAAAGGCAGCAAUACUCAACAUACAGUAUUGCAAAGUAUUGGGAAUAUGGUAAGACAGCCCGUAGGCCAACGAAGUUGCACGCCGAGGAAAAACAUCGUGUUUUUGAAAACUCACAAAACAGGCGGAACAACGCUAGCACGAAUACUUGAACAAUAUGCUUUCGACAACAAACUAAAUGUGGUUAUUAAAAAAGGAGAAUACAAAAAUUUUCACUUUACAAAUGUGAAUUUUAAUUUUAAUUCCAAGGAGAACUUCGUACCCCCGAUGGGCGUCAAACAAGGAGAUUAUAAAAAUUAUAAGUACAAUGUUUUUGCGCUACAUGCUCUAUAUAAUAGGCCGGUUUACGACUCGUUUAUGGAAAAUGACUCGAUUUAUGUGACUUUAUUACGAGACCCUGUCUCUCAGUUCGAAUCUGCUUUUGAUUUUUUUAAUGUUGGGGCAGCCGCUAUAAGAGACAGUUCAUUAAAUAAAACACAGAGAUUACAGGUUUUCUUUAAAGAUCCACUUAAAUAUUGGGCUACACUGAAAAGAUCUCUGCGCUUAAUUUCUCGUAAUAGUCAGAUUUGGGAUUUGGGCGUGGAUCCUGCGAAAUGUCCUAAUAGUUUUGUUGUUGAUUAUACGAUUAAACGAUUGGAUAAUGAACUUGAUCUAGUAAUGAUAACAGAAUAUUUUGACGAAUCAUUGUUAUUACUGAAGAAAAAGCUUUGUUGGGAAUUUAAAGACAUUUUGUAUUUGCCUCGAAACAUGAGAAGUUCGCGGGCUACGUUAAAUGUGGACAUUCGUAAAAACAUAUCAAAGUGGAAUUGGAUAGACACGAAAAUAUACUCUCACUCUCUCGGGCGUUUACAUAAACUUAUAAAGAAAGCUAUGGACAACAUGCCACUGCAAUCGCCACAAGGGCUAAUAAUUAAUUAA